AUGCAAUUUUUAAAGUCUAUUUCUGCUUUAGCCUUUGCUGCUCAAGCAUUAGCUGCUCAAACUCGUUAUCAAUUUUUUGCCAAGUCUGACUUUGACCAAAUUGAUGGCCACGGGUUAACUUAUGUUCAUGAAGGCGCUGCUAUUGAUUACUUUUUUGUUCAACAAGAUGACCUAGCUUCUGCCGCUAUUUUAACUUAUGAUGAUGAACAACAAGAAUUCUUUUUUCAAGUUAGUCCUCAAGUAAAACUUAGUCUCACAAAGGGGGGCGAUAUUUUGCUGUUGAGUGCAGGUACUCCAUUUAAGGCUACAAUUGGAGAAGAUGGACUUGCCUCAUUUGAUGGUAGUGAUACGUUACAUGCAGUGGCCCACCUUGAUAUACCAAAUGCUGGUGAUGACUAUGCAGUAAUUGUGGGAGAUUUCAAAGGUGGAUUUCCAUUUACCAUUGAAGCAAGAGAGUAUGCUAUUUAA